AUGGAGCUAAAUAACCUGCGAAAAUUUCCUAUUAAUGGGUCUCCGCGGGAGAUUGCUGAUUAUUUGGAAUGCUUCGAUGCGUGGUGCAUUUCAAAGAAUGUUCGGGAUGACAAAAUACCAGCACAUUUCAUCACUGCUAUUGGGCUUGAUGCAUAUAGCCUAGUGAAGAAUCUGGCUUUUCCAGAUAAAACCAUUUCUCUGCCAUAUUAUAAACUCCGUGAACUUCCGAUAGAUCACUUCCAUAUAACUACUUUUGAGACGCGAGAGAGGGCUCAAUUCAACAAACUGGUUCGUGCUCCCAACCAGAAGAUUCGAGACUUUAUUCUGCAACUCCAAAUACAAGCUUCAAAGUGUAAUUUUGUAGAUCAGCUGCAUACUCAACGACGUGAUCGUCUAAUUGCUGGAACCAAUAUUCCUAAGUUAGAGAAAGAGUUAAUUCAGAUUCCUUCUUGUACUUUUCAAACUGCUAAAGAUUUAUGUAUUACAUAUGAAGAUGUCAAUAAUGAAUACUCUGCUCCCACUACGUCAGUAUCUGAUGUCAUGCUGUCCAAAGUCGAAAAUACAAGUGUUCAUGGAAAGAAAUCCAAACUGCCGUCCACAGGUAAUAGAAUGCAGCCAGAGAUCAAAAACAUUAAACCGUGUUUAUCCUGUGGAAAGUUACAUCUACGAAGCACUUGCCGUUUUCGGAGUGCUAAGUGCUAUAAAUGUGGUAAAGUUGGACACAUCAAGACGGUUUGCAGAAGUUCGAAUACUUAUGUUGCUCAACAUUCUUAUAAUUCUCCCAAGCUGUCUAGUAAAAUGGAGUCAAUGUGUCUUUCAACCUUUCAAAAUACUCAAGCUAAUCCAAUGAAAACCUCCACUACAAGUUCGGAAACUCAAGUGUUAACUGUUUUCAAAAAUGUGGAAGCCGAGUUACAAUGUGAACUGUCGAAAACACGAAAAGACCUGAAUGAGAUGAGAGAGUAACUGAUUAAAAUUGAGGAAUUACUGCAUAUGCGUAGACUGCGUCUGUUGAAUGCAGAGCAUACAAGUACCCGUGAAAGU